CGACCUAGAAACAGGCAAUAUUUUUCAACCAUCGUUAGAGCCUCAAGGUUGCGAACCUUGACCUUAAGAGGAUGGUAAACAUGGAGAUACAUGAUAGUCAGAGAGACUUAAUCUCCAGGUCAUCGAACCAUUCAUGGGCCUUCCUGGUGAUUAUCUCCGUCGUGUCUGCUCUUGGUGGUUUUCUCUUUGGUUAUGAUACGGGGGUGAUAUCCGGUGCGAUGAUCCAGCUGAGAGAAUAUUUCAGCUUAUCAUAUGUGUACCAAGAGAUGAUAGUUAGUACAUCAUUGUUGGCUGCUGCUACAGCAUGCGUAGUUAGUGCCUUCUUAAGUGAUCGUGUCGGUCGCAAAACUGUUAUACUAGUGGCAAGUAUCAUUUUCACUAUAGGAGCGGUAGUGAUGGGAGCGUCGUACAAUAAGAUUUGUCUACUAGCUGGUCGUUUGAUAGUUGGCCUAGGAAUCGGAAUAGCGUCAAUGUCUGUUCCGGUAUACAUUGCAGAAAUAGCGCCUAACCAUAUGCGGGGGGCACUGGUCACACUAAAUACCGUGUUCAUUACAGCUGGUCAAGUAGUUGCUGCAGUUGUUGAUGCUCUCUUUAUUUCGAAUGAAGUCAACGGAUGGAGGUACAUGUUAGGUAUUGGAGGUAUUCCAUCAUUUAUCCAAUCGCUUGCAUUCAUGACUAUGCCUGAAAGCCCUCGUUGGUUGGUUCAACGUGGUCAAAUUUCAAAAGCCCGUGUUACUCUCCAGCGUAUUUAUGGGGUAUCUACCGUGACACCACAAAUAGAGGAUGAAAUUCGGGAAAUGAUUGAAGCUUCAUCUACAGUCCAGACCCCUGGAACUUCUCAAAUAUCUUCUGCUGUAGAUUAUGAUGUUGACCAUAGGGAUUUGAAAGAAAGUAGUAGUUCAUCUGGCAGUGGGAAUACAAAACUAUCAGGAAAUGUGCUUUACAAAUGUGACGACCAAACAACAAGUGUGUCAGUUGCUCCUCGUUUUCAGUCGAUCAAUUUCUGGUCAAGAUUAACACUAUUUCGUAUGUUACGUUCCAAACCAACAAGACGUGCUUUAUUUAUUGGUUGUGGUUUACAAAUUUUCCAGCAAUUCGUUGGGAUAAACACUGUAAUGUACUACGGUGCAGAAAUUUUGUCUAUGGCUGGUAUUGGUGGGAUCGGUAGUAAAAAGGAGGGGAAUGUGAAAAUCGCUUGGUUAACUGCUUUAGUUGCAUUUGUGAAUUUCUUCUUCAGUUUAAGUGCCCCUUGGAUUGUUGGUCGUUUCAAAAGACGCUUGAUAUUUUAUUGUAGUUUGUCAGGGGUAUUUUUAAGUCUUAUAAUUCUAGGAAUUAGUUUUCAGUUAAUCACCAGUUAUUCUACUCCUGUGUCAGUGAUUGAACCAAUCCCAAUGGGUAUUGUUGAUGAAAAUACCUACACUUCAUGUUUGAAGACCAAGACGUGUGAUGUGUGUAUUCAGCAGAAACACUGUGGAUUCUGUUAUCAAACAUAUUUAUCUGAACAAACAAAAGUUCCAGUGAAUGGUUCAUGCCUUCCAUCUCCCACAGAAUUCUCUGCCUUCUCCCCUUAUGGUCGAUGCACUGAAAUGUCUAUGCAGAAAGAAAAUACUAUUUGGGCAUUUGAUCACUGUCCAAAUCCAUUUGGUUGGAUGACACUCAUAGGACUGAUACUUUAUCUCGCUUCGUUUGCUCCAGGCAUGUCACCAUUGCCUUGGACUAUAAAUGCAGAAAUUUAUCCAGCUUGGGGUAGGAGUACAGGUGUAGCCACUGCGACAGCAUGCAAUUGGAUAGCAAAUUUGAUUGUUAGUCUCACUUUUCUGUCACUAACUAGUGUUAUUACUCGUCAAGGCACUUACUUUCUGUAUGCUGGUAUAUCUUUACUGGCGAUAAUGUUUGUAUGGAGAUUUGUACCAGAACAUGGUAAUAAAACUCUCGAAGAAAUUCAAAUCAUUACGCAACAAUCGUAAACUCCUCAACUAUUGUCUUUCAGGGGAUUCAGAUCUUGUUAAUUAUUGUUUGUCUACUCUUUUAUUUAUAACACAUUAUUUUUGUUUACUUGAAUUAUGGAGUAAAUCAUUGUUUAUUCAUUUCGUUAUCGCUUAGAUAGGGGCAUAAUAAAACGGUUGAGAAUAAAUUAAAAGGCAUUAUUUUAGGUUGUGCUUUGUUUAUACAAAUGGACAGAAUUGAUCGCUAUUAGUAUUGGAAUAUUGGGUUAUUUUUAUGUAAGAUCGAUUUUUUCUAAUCCUUUCUGCUUAGAGUAGGACAGCUGAAAGUGCUAGUCGAACAAGAGAAUUACACUAUAGUCCAAUCAAGAGUAGGAACAUUGUGAGGAACUCAGGACAGUGUUAGCUAAACUCUAUGUGAUAUUUCAUUAUCUGUCGUAGGCCCUUCUCCUUUCCAUCUAGUCCUUUUUAAUCGACACAAGCCCGAUCAUGAAAGAGAGGUAGAAUCUGUUGAUGAGGUUUAUGCAGCGUAGCACACAAGCUGAAUUCUCUUAAAUUAAAGUUCACUACAGAAGCUAAUACUCCAGAAUAAAGUUGAAAGUGAGUUUUAAAGUAGGUCAACCGCAAUCCUUUUAAGGAGAUGCAGAUAAUUAAGCGGUUAUCUUGACUAAUCAGUCUUUUGAAAGCGUUUAUCUUGAAUCUUGUUCUUCACUACUUCAUGAUAGACUGUAGACACCAUGUGAGUAACUCAGAAACCAGAUGUAGAGUUUUAGGCAGGAAGAGGUAAGUCAGUUAAUGCUGUUGUAAACUUUCAUUGACUCAGAUGGCUGGGACAUGUGUUACGUAUGCCUAGUCACCGUCUGCCUUGUCACACAAUGUUGGCUGAAGUAGGUUCAGGUUGGAACAAGGCUCGGAGUGGUCAGACUAAAACAUGGCAUAAAUGCAUGAAGUCCUUGACUGUUGGUUUGAGCCAUGUAAGGCGAUGCAGACUAGCCGGUUGGGAUCUAUGAGAAACCAGUGGCUGGAGACUCUAGGUGAUAUGGCUGAGAACCGAUGUUAGUGGUGCAGAUGCAUACACAUAAUCUUCAUGUUAACCGCUAUACUUAAUCUCAUCACUUCAUUCUACCUUUCUUUCUUUUACUACUUUCUACUCCCUUUGACCGAUUUUUCUUUCAUUCUUCAUCUUCCACUUUAUUGCCUUGUUACCUGAUGUGGUGAUAUGAGGUGUGGCAACUUGGACCGCUACACGCUAAUGCCUAGUCCUAUGUUGAUCAUGAUGAUGAUCAAUCGACUUAUGCUUCCCAUAAACAUAUACAAAUAAAUAAUGAAUCGAAUUGACUGUUCAAAUGUUCGGGUUAUUUAGCCUAUUUAAAUGUUUCUCCAUUUUUGAGAAAUUUUUAGUUACCAUUCUUUUGUAUUGACCUGAAUGAUGAAUCUGGUUCAGCGGAAUUUAGAUUUAGCUUACCAUACUUCGAAAUAACAUGAAUCUAUGAAGUUGGACGAAAAAUGAAAGGAAGCAGUUGGUUAUACACACAGUCAGACUAACAGAAAUAAUGAACACUUGGCGAUUUAAACUAAAAGUAACAGUAAGUCAAUGAAACACACAGGUGACCACGAUUUUAAACAUUCCAGCAUAGCUUAAUGAAGGUCAGCGCAAAUCAAACAGUAGCAGACACAGUUCUAAAAGACUCAUAAGCCACAGAAUGCAAGGUAAUCUUCUGAAGGGUGUCAGGAGACGUGUACUUUGUAAAUUUUAAACUUUCCUAUUCCUUAGCUUGUGACAUUUUUUUAUUUUCAUUUUAUGAUUACUCAAUCACCGUGUGAGCAAUGAUGAGUAAGGCAAACGACACUAGGCAAGUCGAUUGAUUAGGCUUGAGAAAGUGUUGCUCUGAGUUACUACAUGCCUCGACGUGCCACGUUGAGAAAAGUCUCAGUGUUCAAGAUUGUCACACAAAGACAUAAAGUCUGUCACUAUCGGUCUGCGUCAUGUGGGAGAUGUAAAUUGGCAGUUUAGAUCUCCGAGACGAAAGGAAUCAAUGGUUGAGGACUCUUGGUGAUAUGGUUGAAAAUCGGUCACAAUGGCGCAAAUGUAUUCACUCCUUGACAUUAUUCUAAAGCUUGAAUAUUUGUACUAACCGUUGUCUUCAGAUUGUUUAUUCUUUCACACUACUUUGAUAUCAUACAUCUUCUAUCCACUUGUUCUUUGUGCAUUACUGUGAAGUGUAGAAGCUUGAGCCGAUGCACUCGUGUAAGGGAUUCUACGUUGACUUUGCCAGUUGUCAGUCAGUUAGUAAUUUCUCAUUCCCUUCAGUGACAACUGUGCACCCAUUUUGUUACGAGUUUUUCUAUUCUCGAUUUCAGCUCACACCUAAUUAUUCAUAAUGUCAAAUAUUUUCAUUUUUCUCGUUUCACUUCUUUUUUUGUUGAUUAUCUUAUUGGCCACAACCUAAUAAUAAUAAUGAUAAUAAUAAUAAUAAUAAUAAUAACUGGCAUAUUUUAUUAAUAAAGAUUUAAUUGCAACUGAACAGCUGUUGUGGAUAAUUUCGGUGAAAGCAAAUUUGUUUGCUGAAUUCUUUCUUCUUUUAUCAUCAAAAUUGCUAGCCAACAGCUUCUCUUACAUUGUAUGCUUACUUUUUCAUUCAACCAGAUGGAUAAUUU